AUGCCUGCUGAGCCCGCAAUAAAGUUGGCAGCCCCAACCCAAUUGUUAUCUGUCGCACCCACCAAUCUUAGGCCGGCCCUUGACCGUAUUAGGACUACCCCUUCGGAUAUCGAUUUUAAUAUAAUUAGUCGCUCUUCACCACCGAUCACCAUUGAAAUUGCGUCGUCAAAUGAAACUUCCUUGAAAAAUUGGAAUUUAAAACCAUGUAAAGUUGUUUUGCAAGAUGUUCUUGCUGCCGGUUCCACUGAAAAGUCUAAGCUGCUGAAAGCUAACCUGGAUAAAACCCACAGUGUUCUUUCUCAUCAACCAGCAGAUAUUGAAAAGCUUAAGAAAAUAGAGAAAAAGCAACAAAUUUCAUGGCCAAAAUCUGGUGACACAGGAGCUUGGAGCGCUCUCAACAAUGCUGCUCAACCUACACAUGCCCCAUCUGGUUUAAACAGACGUGCCUUACAGUCCAUCUCGGUGAUAAAAGAGAAAAAUUCUCUUCUUCAACAACUGGAAAACGUGUCGGACUUAACGCAGAGGGAACAUUUACAAACUUCGCUAAGCAAUGUUAAAUUAAAGUUAACAACAUUACGCCGGGGAGAACAGAACAGAAAAAAGCGAUGGAAGAUCCACAAUGCAAACCGUGCAUUUGGUAAGAAUCCUUAUAAGGCUGGUAAAGAUCUGCUAGAUCCCAAAUGCUCUAUCAGGCUUAAUGUUCCUAAAGAAUCCUUAGAUGCCCACAAAGCUUCGGUGUUAAUUGAUCCCCUAUAUGAGAUACCGCUUUCGACUCUUCCUGGUUUGCCUAAUGCUCCCAACGUCACAUCUCCAUUUGAUUUCUCAAAGUUUAAUUUCAAGGACUUUCAAACCAUCCUUCAUACUCGUCGGAAUGCAUCGUCACCCGGUUUGAACCAAAUAUCUUACACUGUUUACAAGAAUUGUCCUCAAAUUGCGUCCUUUCUUUUCAACCUUUUCCAAUCUUGUUUAAAGAAUUCCUACAUUCCUGUUCAGUGGAGGGUCGCUUUAAAAGUUUAUAUCCCUAAAAACAAGCCUCCAUCUCCAUCAUCCAUAAAGGACUUUCGGCCAAUUGCUCUCCUCAAUGUGGAAGAAAAACUUUUUUUCAGUCUUGUGUCAAAGCGCCUAGAAAACCACAUCAUUCAGAAAAACCACUUUAUUAACAAAUCCAUUCAAAAAGGAUGUAUGGAAAAAGUCCCUGGUUGCUGGGAGCAUAUGUCUCUUGUCUGGGCUGCUCUGAGAAACGCCAAGUCUAGAAAAAAUGCACUAUCUGCAAUAUGGCUUGAUGUGGCGAAUGCGUAUCCCACUUUACCGCAUAAACUCAUUUUUAUGGCCCUUUGUUGCUAUGGUAUUUCAGAGUCUUGGAUAAGGCUUAUUAACGCCUACUAUGGCAGCCUCUGGAGCAAGUCAUUCUCUUUUACAGCCCCAUCCAGCUGGCACCGACACUUUAGAGGUAUUUUUAUUGGUUGUACAUUAUCAAUCAUACUAUUUUUGGCAGCUAUAAAUGUAAUCAUUGAAUAUGUGUGCGCCGAAGAAGAGUUGAAAAUUUGUGUUCCGCCUGGCGAUUCAGACCAUCCUCCGGUUAAGGCCUUUAUGGAUGACAUAUUUUUAAUGUCUUCAAGUCUCCCUCAAACUCAGAACUUGUUGGAUCGUUGUGUAACAGCCCUUCAUUGGGCUGGAAUGGGCUUUAGACCUUCAAAAUCACGAAACAUUGUUAUAGCUAAUGGAAACGUUUUAGAUCAGUCUCCUUUUUGUGUCCUGCAAGAACCAAUCCCAUCUAUUUACGCAAACCCAGUUAAGUUUCUUGGACGGACGAUAAAUUCAACAUUGUCGGAUUCAGCUGUUGUCCAACAGGUUAUUGUUAACGCUGUAGAGCAAGUCAAACUCAUAGAUAAUUCUUCCCAUAGAGGCAUUCACAAAGUGUGGUUUUUGCAUCACCUUCUAAUUCCCCGAAUACGAUGGCCUUUUUUAAUUUACGAAGUUCCGAUAUCUCGUAUUGUUUCACUAGAACAAAAGUUUUCUUUCUUCAUAAGAAAGUGGCCUAGACUCCAUCACUCUAUUUCUAACAUAAGUUUUUAUUCCGCUUCAUCGCUAUGCCCGUUACCUUUAAAAAGCCUAUCCUCUGUACUAAAAUCUGCUAAGAUCAGCGGUCAUCUUCUCCUGCCAGAUUCGGCUGAUGCUCUAGUCUCAGACUCUCCUCCAGACUUAAAGGCUGGACACUGGAAGGUAGAUCAGACAGUAAAAUCAGCAAAGAGUCAACUCGAGUUCAAGAAAAUACUUGGUUUCCACCAGUUUGGCUUAGGACUGGUAAGCCAUAAGAGUGUCCCACCAAUUGGUACCCAUUCUUACCGCAAACUUGUAUCGGAUGUUGUGCAGGACAAUAAGGAAGACAUCUAUUAUGCUCGAGCCGUUCAGCUUCAUGUCCAAGGUAACUGGACUAAGUGGUGCUCGUUUAUUAAAUUCGAUCUUUCUUGGAAGAACCUACUCUCUCUGCCGCAAAGUUUAUCUUCGUUUUGCAUCGGCGCAACCUAUGACACGCUUCCUUCUCCUACAAAUCUUGCCAAGUGGGGAAUUCAAAAUGACAAAAGUUGCACCCUAUGUAAAAAACCCUCUUGUAACGUGUCCCACAUUUUAGGCGCUUGUAAAUUAGCCCUUUCACAAGCUGGUACACGUCUUCCCACCAAAAAGCGUUCAAAAAUUCAGGGAAUCCUUCACCUAGCCUCUGAUUGGAGAUUAUUGUCAGACUUAGAUUCGACCUUAAUAGUACCACCUUAUCUUGCUGUAACUCAACUUUGUCCGGACAUACUUUUAACUUCUGCCAUGACCAAAACUGUAAUUAUCCUUGAAUUAACUUGCCCAUGCAAAGAGAACAUGGAGACUUGGCAUGGAGUUAAGGUUGAUAAAUACUCGUCAUUUUGUUCCGUCAUGAGAUUAAACAAUUGGUUUGUGCAUUUCUUUGCUGUUGAAGUAGGAGCUAGGGGAUUUUGUUCCGAAACAGUUAGAAUCUGCCUCCGUCGCCUCGGCUUUUCUAACAUGUCUGUGCGUUCCACUCUGAAAUCUCUUACUGAGUCAUCUAUACGUCGUUUUACAUCUGGCUAUCUGGAGAUUCUUUGUCUUGGAUUCAUCUUGGUAGGGAUCCACAGCAUACCGCUCAAUUGA